GCAUGUGUGGAUGUAGCUAGAUUGCCUUUAAAGAUGGUUCCUGCCUCGGUAGCAGAAAAAGGAGAGAAAAGAGGGAGAGGAAAUUGGGCAGAGAGGAGAUAUCCCUCCUGAUCAUGGCCAGCAUGCUACCAUAGGUGCUACUUUUAAGAGAAUAGGUUCUCAACAGGCAGUGCCUGUGAAAUGAGAACAUGACAACUGAUGAGGCUACAAAGAAGGAAGGAGAUGUCCCAACAGCUACUCUUGUUGAACAAGGCGAGGACAUCACACCAAUCAAGGAUCGAGGAGUUUUGAAGAUUGUGAAGAGGCCAGGAAAUAAAGAUGAAUCUCCAAUGAUUGGAGACAAGGUUUAUGUUCACUACAAAGGAAAGCUGGCUAAUGGGAAAAAGUUUGAUUCCAGCCGUGACAGGAAUGAGCCAUUUAUCUUCAGCCUGGGCAAAGGCCAGGUCAUCAAGGCAUGGGACAUUGGGGUUGCCACCAUGAAAAAAGGUGAAAUCUGCCACUUGCUGUGCAAACCAGAAUAUGCAUAUGGUUCUGCUGGUAGUGUUCCAAAGAUCCCCUCAAAUGCAACACUCUUCUUUGAGAUUGAAUUGCUUGAUUUCAAGGGAGAGGAUUUAUUUGAGAAUGGAGGUAUUAUCCGCAGAAUCAAACAGAAAGGUGAAGGAUACUCCAACCCUAAUGAAGGAGCAGCUGUUCAAAUCCAUCUGAAAGGAUUCUGUGAUGGCAGAAUGUUUGAUUGCAGAGAUGUAGCUUUCACUGUUGGAGAAGGAGAAGACCAUGAUAUUCCCAUUGGAAUUGACAAAGCCCUGGAGAAGAUGCAAAGGGGGGAACACUGCAUUCUGCAUAUUGGAGCUCAAUAUGGGUUUGGUGAAGCAGGGAAGCUUGCAUUUGGCAUAGGGCCAAAUACUGACCUUGUAUAUGAAGUUAUACUGAAAAGUUUUGAAAAGGCCAAAGAAUCCUGGGAAAUGGACACCAAAGAGAAACUUGAACAGGCUGCCAUUGUUAAAGAGAAAGGGACUGUUUAUUUCAAGGAGGGCAAGUACCUGCAAGCAGUGAUUCAGUACGGGAAGAUUGUAUCCUGGUUAGAAAUGGAAUAUGGCUUAUCAGAAAGGGAAUCUAAAGCUUCAGAAUCCUUGUUGCUGGCUGCCUUCCUCAACCUUGCCAUGUGCUCCUUGAAGCUGAGGGAUUAUACUAAAGCAAUUGAGUACUGCAAUAAGGCAUUAGCACUGGACCAGGCCAAUGAAAAGGGCUUGUACAGAAGAGGAGAAGCACGUCUACUCAUGAACGAAUUUGAGCUGGCAAAAUGUGACUUUCAGAGAGUGCUAGAAGUGAAUCCAGAAAACAAGGCAGCCAGAUCACAAAUCACCAUUUGUCAGAAGAAAACAAAGGAACACAAUGAGCGUGACCGAAAGAUAUAUGCCAACAUGUUCAAGAAGUUUGCAGAAAGAGAUGCAAAGGAGGAGGCCAGUAAAACCCCAGAAGAGCAGGAAGAAAAGGCAUCGUCUGAAAUUGAUCUUACGAAGACAGUGACAGAAGGCAAAGAAUCAGAGGGCCACGUAUGACUGUGCAGCAGAGAGACAAUCCUUCUGAAUUUGGCCUCCACUCAAACAGGUUUCUGAAGAACUCAGAAUUCAACAGUGUUUAUUGUAAAGCUUGUUACAGUAGGCGUUGUUGUGGAAGCAAAAAGGCCUAUACAGCACAGCUUCACAAGGAACUAUAAAACCAUCUCCACUGCUCUGAGCACGCUCAGCAGUGGAACAUGCACAGAAGGACAGAAUGGGACCACUCCACGUGGAACAAAUGGUUAAAAAUACAAAUACACACAAUGGUUCUUGGCUAUAGAAGAUUUUUAUUGAAGCGGUUAAAGUAGAACUCAUUUCAGUUUGCAUCUGUUUUAAAGGCAGUGACCAGGGUUCUAUAAAAUGAGUCAGCGUAUAGGAGCAGUCAGCUGUAUAAUUUUGGCAUUGCAUUUGAUUGUACUGUAGUAGCACCAUAUGGGUGUAUGUUGUCUGUGUUUUAAAAAAGAAAAAAGGGCCUCAAGUGCCACCAACUCAAGGCAUCAUUUUAGCACUACUAGAACCAAAUGACAGCCAGUUGAAAGCCAGACUCCCGGGAUCUUGUUCCGUCUGUUCCGUAUAGCCUAUGAUGUGUGUGUUUUUUUUUCUUGUAGCACAAUCUGGUUUCUCAGGGAACUGAGUAGUCCAAAUCACAUUAUUCUUAAAGUUUUGCUUGCUAGCAGGUCCCUGAGGGAGUGAUGAUUCAGUGCACCUGAAGUGCACCUGCCAACAAGCUGCUAGAAGAAAAGGGCACUGGAGUUAGCUACCCCCUUGUCACUCCUUCCAACUUCUGUUAAAUGUAAUCAUCGAGGACUCUCAAAUACUCAAGUGACUAAUUUCUUUUUAUGCUUUUGUUUUGAGGAAUUGAGGCAAAUAUGGUCAGCAACAGAUUUGGAUUUUGUGCUUUGUGCCUUUUCUAAAAUUAUAUUACACCAAAUAACCAGGAUAUUGAAAUUAGAGAAAAUCUUGACAAUUAACUCGACUAGCAAUGCAGUUAAUUGUCUUUUCAUCACAGUGAAAAUGUUUUUAAAAUUAAGUUUAUCAUUUGGCCAUAACAUUUUUUGCUCAUUUUAGGAUUCUUAUCCCAGAUUCUUGUUUGGAUUUCCUUUUAUGUUGCCAUCUUGUUAGUCAUUGUUUUAUCAAGCAGAGAGGAUCAAUUCUGACAUAAACACAAUCUGAAGGAGUCAGAACUGAUAUAGUUUAAAGCAAAGGGCUUUCACAGCAAAUGAAUCCUAUCAAUCUCAAAACCAACAAUAGCACUAGAAUACAUUGUGUACUCAUUUCUAGAAAAAGAUAGUUUCAACCUAUAGUGAACAUGCCCCACUGAACUUACUGGGACUUGUAGGCCUAAUUUUCCUCAUGAUUUGUUUACUGAUCUGUGAUGGAACUCAAAACAGAUUCAUAGCAUAAGCAGCUAUAGCUUCGUUACAUUUUAGGGCAUUGUGUUUUCUUAUAUGUCAGAUGGGUAACACUGCUUUUACACCAAUUUAAUUUUUUAUUCUAAUUUUCAAAAGGGAAUUAACAAAUAAUCAAAACUUUUACUGUUGAUUUUCUUCACUGUUAAAAUAAUUUUCUUUUUUCUUAUUCCUGCUUUUACUGAUAGCAUAGUUCCCUGUUAUCUCUCCUUUCCACAUUACUGUUAUGUAUGAUCACAAAAAAACAAAGAAGAGCAAUAUGUUAUUGAUAACAUAUUGCAUUGAAAGUAUGGCACCAUUUGCCUCAAUAACCCAGGGAUAUUCUCAAGCAAUCACAUUCUAGGAGACCAACAACCAAUCUUGGCCCUCAAAACUCUUGUUAAUGCUGUUGAACACUCUUUAUGUGCCAAGAUUACUGAACAGGGUGCAAUGAGAUGUAGGGAUGAUGUUAUAUUAGAUAUGCACUGAACAGCACUUUGAACAUGUGAGAGAGGGUUUAUUUUGCUACAUGGCCAAGUAUAUUGUUUUAUUAUUAUCAUAUCAUAAGUUUAAAUGUUAUGUGAACCAAAUUGACAAAAUAUGGAGGAAGUAAUUCAGAUUGCAAGACAUCUUUAUUUUUGAUCUCCAGGUUAGUAACAACAUAGUCCACAUGAGUUAUGAGAAAGCCUUAAACCUAUUCCUAAUAAACUAACAUGAGAUCAAGAUGGCUAUAUAUAUAUAAUGUUAAAAUAAAUUCAAUGUGCCUCAUAUUGAAAUACUACAGUGCUGACAUCAAGUGAAAACGGAGUUGAUACAGCACUCAAAGUUCCUUUUUGUCUGUGUGUUCAAUUCUGUUUUGUUUGAAGGAAUAUGAAUACUGUCAUCUUGUAGAUUGCAAAUGAAUAUAAUUUUAUGUCCAUCUUGGUGAGACAAAGGAUUUUCAAAGGCUCUCCCUGUGGUUUUUCAAAUAAUGAUUGAUUACUUACAAUGGUAACUAGGGUUUCAGUUUCACUGUGACUCUUCAGCUGCCAAAAAGAUUUUUUAUCUUCAGUAGACAGUGGUUUGGUGUGUGAAAACUCCUCUCUAGUAGAGGAGAAUCACUAAUAUGCUCUUAUUACUGCCCUUCAAAAUGUUCCAAAUGUUGUAUUCUUGUGUAUUGUCUCUCCAUGAAUAUGAAUAUCAGAGUGGUCCUAAUGAUGCCAUAGAAUAGGAAUCUUGUUGGAAUAGUCAGAGUGUUUGAGAUCAUCACCAUAACCAAUGGAUAUGUCUUACAGUUCUCUACCUUUGUGGAGCAAUUGUCCUUUCCUUUGGCAUCCUUUUCCUCUGCAUAAGAUCCAGUGACACAUGUGCAGUUGCCUUAUGCCUCAUUGUCCCCAACUGGGCCAAGGAACACAGGUCCUGUGUGCCUGCACUGUCAGGGUUUUCUACUGGGCCUGGCAGGCCUCCAAAUCUUGUAAUGAAUCCAGUUCUAUAAGGCAUAUAGAACUCUUAAUGUCUGUAUCUGACACUAAACAUCUACUUAGCCAGUAUAUCUGUCCAAGUAAUUCACACAAUUGUUUCUCCAGUUUAUAAUGAUACAUGAUAGAUGUCUCAUAGCCUCAAGAACCCUUUGUCUUGGGUACUUCCUUUCUCUUCUUCCCAGAACUCUGUUGCUCUUAAUUUUCCAUAAUGUUACCCACUGACUAUAGAACGUUGGUGAGGAUGUCUGAUGUCUGACUGUAGUGUGUGAUGUGGUGGUUGUGGCUGGAAAUUUAAACUUUUACAGGUGCAUAUUUAAGCAACUUCCUGUUUUGCAAUCCUGUAAAUGUCUGUCCUCCUUUUAUUUUACUUUUAUGUCAGCUUCAACAUCAAGAUAACUGCAUCUACCUCAGUAAUAAGUGACUUUUUUGCUCUUGAAUACAGCCAUUAGAUAUUCACUUUCUUGGUCUAAAUUGAAUUGGCUUCAACAGAAAUCCUGUUCCCUGCUGAGCAGAACCUCUUGUAUUUGUUCCAAAUUAUUUUCACUACCCCCAAAAUUAUUGGUUCCUGGAUUAGAGUUUGAUAAGACAACUCUUGUAAGAGGAAAGCAAAACUUCUUAGUUUAUCCACUGUCUUCAAAAUGUAAACUGGUAAAUCUUCUCUCAAAAAUGGAUUACACAUUCCUCUAUUGUUGGCUUCUAAAUGCUUGAUAUUAGUAGGGACUAGUUGUACUAUUCGACAGAGAGUGCGAGGCAUCUAGUUGUUAGUAUGGUACUUCAAAACUACAUUCUUGGAGUUUCCUGUUGAGAUAAUUAAAGUUAAUAGCACACAACUUGCAGAAAUGGCUUCUUAUUGUGCCAAAAUCCUUCCUGUCCCUUUACUGCCUUUUUAUGCUCUCUCCUUAGUUCUUGUAAAUCAGUGGUUCUCAACCUGGGGUCCCCAGAUGUUUUUGGCCUUCAACUCCCAGAAAUCCUAACAGCUGGUAAACUGGCUGGGAUUUCUGGGAGUUGUAGGCCAAAAACAUCUGGGGACCCCAGAUUGAGAACCACUGUUAUAAAUUGUGUCUAGAUGGGGUGACUUCCCUACUAUCUGUGGACUUUAAAAACAGAAAGCCAUAAUUCUUUCACUUGAAAGAAGCUGCCCCCCACCAUUGUUCCACUAACCCAUUAAUUAAUCAACAUAUUUCUUAAUGUGCUUGGGAUGCAGUAGAGAUGGAUUCUUCACCAAUUAGUGUCAUCUUGUUCUAUUUUGAUGAUUACUGGUCUGGUGUUUACUUCGUUGAGUCAGAGACAGAAAAAAAGCACUCAUCCUAUUUCUGUUGUACCAAUGGACUGAAAUUGUCUUUAUUAAAUCAGCUUUGAAAUGUCACAUUUGCCACUAACAAUACAUUGGCAGUCAGAGAGAGAGAGAGAGAGAGAGUUCAAUGUCCACUUGUGACACAUCUCAAGUUGAGAAAAUGACAAAUAAUCAGAUCUGUAUGAUGUCUCCUUUUGGACUUUUGUUGUUGUUGCUUAAAUACAGUUUAUUCUGGAACUAUAAAAAUCUAGACAUUUUGCAAAAUAUUAUCUGUUUUCUGGAAGUCUUAAUUCAACAUCUGGAAUAUGUAACUAAUUUAGCCUAACUUAAUGUCUCUGUUUUCACUUGAUUUUGCUGUUGAAGUGCCAAUAACAAAAGGCCCACAGAUUUGACUGGCCUUGAUGGUAGCUGGUAUGUGUGAGUAAAACCAAUCCUGCCUAUUGCCCACAUGGGAAAAUAGCAAAACAUGUGCCUGCCGUUCUGCUAUUGCUGGCACAGCAUGAGCAAUAACAGCUUAAUUGCAUUUGCUGUGGGAGAUGGAGAGACAGGUAUUCACAUAAGACUUCUGCUGCAGGUGUGGGGAGUCCUCUGAAUAGUGUUGAACCUCAACUCUCAUUGUGGGACUUGCAGUCCAACAAAAUGGAGAGGGCCGUGUGAUUUGCAUCUUUGCUCUAUAAUUUAGCUUUCUCCAACAUAAAGAGCUGUGAUACUGGAACUGCAGGCUUUGUAUAUUCUUUGUUAUUAGAAUGAAAUAACUACAACCUCAUUCAGCCUUCCUGGCACAAGUCUGUCCUAAGCACAGCAUAGCAUUAUAGCAAUUCUAGCACAGAAUUAGUCAUCUAAAUACUUACCCAGAAACUAUUAUUUCUUAUCCCAUUUGAAUAGGCAAACAUCAAAUUAUAAAGUGGCGUUAGCAGCCAGAACAUUUGUUUUUGUAGUUGUGUCCUGAUGUGUUGUAUUUGUUCCACUAAUUAUUUACCUCACCUUGAAAAUGCUAAGGCUGCAAAAUGAAUUCUGCAUUUUCACAUCUCUGAUCCAGCCUCUCUCUAUUGGACCACACAACUUGUCAACCUCAGAGUGAAAUAAAAGUGUGGCCCAUCCACACACUACCUUUUAAUGCACUUUUCUUGGAUGAAUAUUCAUCUCCGUGUUAGGAGAAAAUGACACAAAGUGGCCUUGAAAAGGGAGAGGAAAGAAGAGCAAAGCAGGUGAUCUACCUCAGGGCUAAAGACUCUGAGCCACCCUUCUUCGUCAAGAAAGGAAUGAGAAUGCCUUGCUCCAGUGAUAGAUGCCAAGGCAGGGCUACCAUAUAUCUUCUUUCAACCAAUUUUUAGCCUAGCUCAGCACAGAACCGAACAGAGGUGAGGAAUGAUAAUACUCUGAUGUUUCCUAAGAAUAUGCUGCUAAUGCAACAAAAUACAGACAGCACAGCCAUACGGGCAGCAUUCAUUCAUAUAUUUUCCUCUCUUCAUUUGGAGUCCUUCUAAAGCUGAAGGUUUUUCUGAGUCCAUUUCCUUUCUCUCUAACCACCUUUGAGGUUCAGGAGCUCAGCAUGACAUCUGAAUCCUCUCUCUUCCAUGCAACUGAAGUCAGAAACAUGUUUACCAACACAAGCAGGAUUCCACCCCCUUUUUUAGUUACCUUUUAAAAACCAGUUGGAGCCUUAAAUUUUUGGAAAGGUUACAUGUGUUGUCUGUUUUGAGAGUGAAAACAUAGAACACUUUUAAGAGCAGGAAGGCAAGGUGAUAGUUCCUUCACCAUAGUCAGCACUAGAAUAGGUUUUCCUCUUCAGGGCAAGCUCUGAGAAAGUGGUUCUGCAAGUUUAUAGUAUCAAGGGUAAACCAGUUACAAAUGUUCUAGCUGUCUUUUGUGUUUGGCCACAUGUGUGUACACACUCCUGUGAAUCUCCAGAACAAUUUUGCAUCUAAUUUUGCUUUGCAUUUUCAGUAAGAUAGGGGAAAAUGACAACUUCAGUGCAUGCCACUUUAAGUGGACCUCUUCAGAAAGCAGAAAGAGGAAGGGCAAGGCUUACAACCAAGAUAGUAUUCAAAUUGCAGGGCCCAUAUGUCUGUUCUUUAAAUACUGUAUCUUCUUUCCCUCUUCAUGGCUCUUUUCCUUAUACAUACUUGGAGAGAAUCCUUAGGGUCUGGUAAUUUUCUGUGUCCAGCUGUGAUUACCUCAUAGAACAAACAGAAAUUAGGAAUAAUGUAGUAAAGAAAAUCUACCUGGAUCCCACUUUCCCCAUUCAGUUUUGCCAAAUCAAAUAGAAUAAAAACAGUUUAAUUCAAUUUUCUAAUGCAACAGCCCCACAACAAUUAUGGUCUGUUGUAGUAUGUGUACAGCACAAGCCAUCAUGCAUCACUUCAGUCAACUUUGCCAGUUCUGUUGUUUUUCGGUCCCGUCCCUGGGUCUUGCUUUAUGAAGAAAUGUCUCCAAAACAAUUUUAAAUUACAAAAAGCAGCUUGGCAACAUGAACCUCUGUCUCCCCCUAAAACAUAGCACAACAAAACAAUGCAGUUCUCAUGUGUCAUGGCUUUACAGAGUGAAAGGUAACAGUUUACAGACUUGCAGAAAUCAAAGCAAUUUUAUUACAUGGAAUAUACACUGAGUAGGGAAGGCAGUUAUCUACUGGGGUGGUGCAGAGGUGGAUUGUUCCAAGGAUCUGUUCAUCCUUGAAGGGUAGGACAUUCUCGAAGCACUUGUUACAAUGACUUAAAGCACUUAUCAGUGUUAUGGGAAGUGUUUUAACCCCCUACUUCUGUCAAUCCAUGAAACAACAAUAAAAUCUGACUUUUUCCUCACCA